CCUCCAACAACGUCAUUUGGCAAAACAACAAACAGCCCCAGCAAACGAUCCUCUUUCUCGUCUCACACUCCCGAGCUACACAGCAAUGGCCGAUGCCCGCACUCUACUCCGCCAACAGCGUGCUGCCCGCCAACAACAGCAGCAGAAGUCAAAACCCUCAGCAACUCCCGCCGCCGCACCCUCGUCCAAAAAGCGCAAGGCAGUAACCCCGGAUCAAGUUGAAGAGCGCAAGCGCACGCGCACUGAGGAGGAUGCCGGUGUCCCCGCCGGUUUCUUCGACGCAGACCUCGAAAAGCCCAUCCCUCCCAUAUCAUCCGACCAGCACAAUGAAGUUCCUGCUGCCGAACCCGAUGCGCAACUCACCAUAAUCUCAAACCCUCCACCGCAAGAUACUGCAGCCAACGAUGAGCUGGAUGCUUUCAUGAACGAGAUGGAUCAAGUGGCAGAGACUCAACAGAAGAGCGUCAAUAUCUACUCGGGUGCUGUCAUCGAAUCUGCGCCCAUGACGGCUGCUGAGAUUGCUGCCCAAGCACGGGAAGAACAGAGUGCCCAGCGCGCGAGACUAGACGAGGAGCUCGAGGGCGAACACGACGAUGCCGCACGUGCUCUUCAGGAUGAGUUUGAGGAGAUGGACGGCUUGGAGGACCGAGUGAGGAGGCUACGAGAGCAGCGAGAAGCCCUUCGGAAUAAACCCACCGAGGUAGCUGCCGUGGUACCAGACACCACGCAGCCGACCACGCAGCCGAAAGAAGAGCAAGAUGAGGGAGGGAGUGAGUCUGAUGAUGACGAUGAAGACGAAGACUGGGAUGAUUGGAGAUUCAGACCGGCUUGAUUAUAUGAGACGAGACAACAAGUCGCCAUCUUUUCAAAUUCGCGAUGGCAACCAUGUAUUUUUAUGUUAGAGCAUAUCCGCAUCGUGAUACCACGGCGUUGGCGUUUUUGUGUUUUGCUAUUGGGAAUCAUCUGUUUUGUCGCAAAGAGGCUUGCUCCAAGAUUUACAUAUGCCUAGCAGGCGAUAUUCAAUAAUUCGCGAGUUAGACUCAGCACUUUUGAAAUAUCUUAUCAGACCCAAUUCCAUUUGACCCU